ACGUUCUUACCGCUGCGUUUGGUCUUUAUUGGUUAAUAGGACGCGAAAGGCUCUUUGGGGAAAUACCCCGGAUGAGCCGGUUCGUGCGUGCACUGUGACUGAUAAAGAAGAGCAGGUUUAUGGAGGCAUAUUGCUGAAUAUAACGAGUAUUCGUUAAAUUUUAAUCACUUUACAAAGCUGACCAUGGCCAACAACGAAAAGCUUACCACAGUUGACUAUGAAGUUUUUGGAAGAGUACAGGGAGUGUUUUUCCGCAAAUAUACUCAGGCUGAAGGGAAAAAGCUUGGCUUGGUUGGCUGGGUUCAGAAUACAGAGCAGGGGACUGUAAGAGGGCAACUGCAAGGGCCUAACAGCAAGAUCCAGGCAAUGAAGGCAUGGUUAAAGAACAAAGGCAGCCCCAAGUCACGCAUUGAUAAAGCAGAGUUCAGCAAUGAGAAGGAUAUUCAGAAGCUGGUUUUUGAGGAUUUUACUGUUCGUAAAUAACUGUGUUUGAGAAUUACGAUUUUAUUUUCAUACCUUAACUAAUAGGACCAUUUGUUGGAUGUCGUUAACUCUUUAGUUUGUUUCACUUUUUAUUUAGCUACAUAUUUUUGGGCAUUAAAUGCUUGAAUGGUAUCUUUAGUAUUGUUUACAUGGCUGUAUGCAAUUUUUGAAUAAGCACUGAAUAAUAUGAGCAGUUAUGUUUGUCCUCAUUAUAUUGAAAAUAAUACUGCUGUAUCUUUGUAACUAGACUUCUAGUUAAGUAAUUUCAGCUGCUGUUAAAACAUUUGUUUGAAAACUGUAAUUGCUUAGAUAUGUUAGAUAUGUGUAUUAGUUUGAGCCUAAAAGGAAUUUAAUGGCAAAGACACUGACUGAACCUCCUGACAGCGCUCUUUAAAAAGUAGCAUUCCUUGAAAGGGAGUGAACAGUGGUCAUUGCAGGUAAUCGCUUCUCUAUCUCUCAUUUUAGUUUAAUUUAUAUAUAGUACACUUACAUUUACAAAUUCGGAAAGCUGUACACAUUUACAAAAAUUGAUAAAUCAAUAAAGUAAGUGGCAAAAUACAGAAACGCAGCAUAGACUGCAAACUCUGUACAGUUUGCAAGUUGAAAUAUACCAUGAUUACUGUAGUAAAAUAUUAACAAUUAAAUGGAUUGUUAUGAGUAUUGUAAAGUACUAGCUGGUAACACAGCAAAACAAAGUACAUCAUUUUUUAUGUUUUAUCCCUGACUGUGACACCACAGUGAUUGUACAGAUGCUUUUAUGAUUAUUACGUUAUCCCAAAAUUAAUUUUAUGUAGGGAUAAAGUGCUUUUUGUAAAGCUGAUACUUCUUCAGUUAAUAGGAGAAGAAGGUUCAAUGCAGGGCUUUUGCUCAGCACCUUGUGGUGGGUUACAGAGAAGAUGAAAAUGAUUGAAUGCCAUCGCUUCUUCAGGAGGACGUCACAAGGCAGUCAACAUUGUAGCGGCAUGAUUUGUGUGUUAUUUUUAAUUUUGAUAGCUGCUGCUACUAUGUAAAGUCAACAUUUUAAUGCAACUGUUAUCUAAACUCAAUUUCACUUACAUUAAGUACAUGAAAAUGAAACAUUACAUAGGUUUGCACUUUAAUGUCAGCCAUCAUUAUUUUUAAGUAGUGUCCAGUCACUGUUUAGUCUGGCUGCCUCUGUUCAGUGGUUUAAACAUUCUGUUUUGUGCACAUCCAAGAUCUUACCUUUCUUGGCGAGCCCUUGUAUUGUUAGCUUGGUAUGUCUCCCAGAUUAUACUGGAACUUGUGGAAGUUUUUAAAGGUGGUACUUGUAAAGCCUGGGUACCCCCCUCAUGAAGCCAGUCAACUUAAGAAUUUCCAAGCCCACCUAAUAAAAGAGUGUGUGGUAAUCGGGAUGCUUACAUUGUGCGCUUCUUUAGCUUGUGUUAGCCUGAUGACUAAAUUCUCAUUUUUAAGAAAGUCCCUCUUAGACAAUAGGUCUUAAAUUUUCUAAUUAGUAUAUCUCUGAAAUCGAUGCAGUGUAUUAUUAUUAUGAAAAAAAAAAAAGUCCGUAUAUGCAGUAAUUCUGUUCAAAGACAAAUCAUUAUUAUGAACACAUUUGUUUUUAUGCAAGGCGUGUAGCUCAAAAUCCUUCAUAAGAUGAUAAAGAAAUACUUGCAAGAAAAAACAAGAAAUGAGAAAUAACUUAGUACAUGAUUGACUGAAUGAGUGGAUAAAUGAAAUACCAAAUACUGUAAAUAAGAAUAAAUCAAUAUGCUUUUGAAUAACCUAGAUAUUUAAAGAAUAGAGGAAGUGGAAUCCUUGGUUAUUGCUGGUUAUAGGUGUCUUGUGAUUAAAACAAUAAGUCUGAUGCUAUGGACAGAUUGCCAUGUAGAACAGAAAAAAUAAAAAUACCCAGCUGGCACAAUCUAAGAGCUGAAAUCUGCAAAGGUUCCAAAGUCAAGAGAUCAGCAGCCCAAUCAUAAAUGUGCUUAAGUUGCUCCUUAUUGUUUGUAAGCUUUGUUCUCCAAGGUUUGACGCAGGCGCUCCCAUCGACAGUUGGAACAUCCGCAUGCAUUCCACCAUCACAGGCAGCUGCACAGUACUUUGAUCAGGUGGAGGUUGGGGCGUAACGCACGCAUUGUUUAAUCUGUAUAUUUAGUAGUUCAUUACUUGUUUUGCAACAUGCUGAGGUUUUGGUCAUAUUUGUUGUAAUCAACGUGUUUUGAUGUUUUUUUAUGUUUUUAAAUAUGUUGGCUUUCAAAACCAGGUAUUACCUUGCACAUACUGUUUUAUGGCAAAAUGAGUUGUGUUUGAAUGUAAUGCAUUUUAUUUUUUCUUAGUCUUGGAUGUUUGUAUUAUAGAACUGUAUAUAAGCAUAGUAAUUACAGUAUUUCAAUCUGUCAAUCAAUUUUUGUUUAAAUAUUUCACCGUAUUGGUGCAUACAUACAUGUACAUUUAGUAAAUGUACUGGUCUUCAUGCAAAGUUUUCUGAUCCAUGAAUUACUCCAGUAUAAAGUGUGCAUUUCUCGUUCCUUAAUUCUGUACAUAAAGGAGCUGCUGCUCUGAUUCAGUUGUCCAUAAAAACCAUUGCAGGUGUCUGACUUGAAUAAAGUGAUGUGCUGUGGUG